AUGGAGCUGGAGCGGCGCCUGGCUGAGCACUGCCACCACGGCCCCCCCAGUCCUGGUCCUGGGCGCGAGCGCCUCCAGGCCCAUCGCAAGCUGAGCAUCACCUGCGCCAUCUGCGUUGUCUUCAUGGUUGGCGAGGUUGUUGGCGGGUACCUGGCGCACAGUCUGGCAAUCAUGACGGACGCGGCACACCUGCUGACGGAUGUGGGCAGCAUGUCCGUCAGCCUCUUCUCCCUCUGGGUCUCCACCCGGCCGCCCACCAAGACCAUGAGCUUCGGCUGGCACCGCUCGGAGACGCUGGGCGCACUGGCCUCGGUGCUGUCCAUCUGGAUCGUGACGGGCGUCCUGGUCUACCUGGCCUCUGCCCGCAUCAUCAACAACGACUACGAGAUUGAGGCGCGUGCCAUGCUGGCCACGUCUGCCGGCGCCGUGGCUGUCAACCUCAUCAUGGCCUGCAUCCUGCACCAGUCGUCCGCACCCCAUGGCCACGGCUGGGGCUACGAGCGUAUGGAGGAGAGCACAAGUGGGAGCCCCGCACCAGGGCAUACCAGUGUGCGCGCCGCCUUCGUGCACGUUGUGGGCGACCUGCUGCAGAGCCUGGGUGUCCUCGUGGCUGCCAUCGUCAUCUACUUCAAGCCCCAGUAUAAAAUUGCCGACCCGAUCAGCACCUUUCUCUUCUCCAUCUGUGUCCUGGGCUCCACCCUCACCAUCCUCAGGGACGUCUUCAGGGUCCUCAUGGAAGGGGCGCCGCGGGGUGUGGAGUUCAACGCAGUGCGGGAUGUGCUGCUGGCUGUGAAGGGCGUGCGCAGCACACACGACCUGCAUCUCUGGGCCCUGACCCUCAGCCACCAUGUGGUGUCUGUGCAUGUGGCCAUAGACGUAGGCGCAGACACAGAGGCCGUGCUCCAGGAGGCCACGGCACAGCUGCAGAGCAAGUUUGGCUUCGUGUCAUGCACGGUACAGGUGGAGCGCUACCUGGAGGACAUGGCCGCCUGCCCACAGUGCCAGGGCCCCCACAACUGAGCCCUGGCUGGACCCAGUGCACUGCGCAGCCCAGCAGGGGCCUGGCACCGCCUGCCCAUCUCCUUCCACUGCCAGCAGGCGCGAAUGCCACGGGGACCCCGGGCAAGAGCUGGCCAGAGCUCCAGGAUGGUACCACCCAGGGACACCCUAACCAGGCCAACGCCACCCUGGGCCCACCCUGUAACACAAGCCGUGCCCUUGCCCGACUCUGACCUGGCAGCACAGCCCACAAGGCUGCCCCCACCCUGUGCCAGGCCCCCCUCCCUGCACUGGGGCCAGUGUAGCUCUGCCCCCCUGGGUUACCCGUGCCGCGGCACUGCCGCCUUGUCCUACAUUCCAGGGGGUGGGAACCCCCGCCCCCCAGCCCUGCCUGGGGAUGGGCCCUGGACCCUGCAGUCACAUCCCCCCUGGGCCAGAGCAGUGCUGGGCACUGUCCUGGGAGACCCCAGUGCCAACUUCUAGGGCUGCUUAUCUUGUCCCUUGGGCUCACACCUGCUCUGCCAGGGGCUGGGGGAGGUCUGGCUUGCAUCCUGCAGUCCAGCCCCCUGAGCCUGGCAGAAGUCCCUCCCCUGCAGCCUCAACCAGGGGCCCUGCCUGGCACUCCCCUGGCUGUCAGGGUGCAGCAGCCCCCAAGCCAAGUCUCUGCUCUUCUUCCCACCCUCUCUGCCCCCCAGCUCUGGGUCUGUCCUGCCCUUGCCUGGUGUGGGCAUAGCCCAGAGCACUAAGCCUCAUGCUGGGUCCUGGGCACUGCAGGCUUGGCCUGCAGGAAGGGCAGAGCAGAAGGUAAGUCAGGAGCUGGCCGGGGCUCUGUCAAUCCCAUCUGUGUCUGUCUGGAGCACUGGAGGUGUCCCUGCUCCCACAGAGCCAAGCCAGCCCUGAGUUGCCUGCAUCCAGGAAUACCCUGCCCCACUUCGCUUGGCAACCCCCACCCUUCUGUGUGUCUGUCCAUCAGCGUCUGUUGAACCUGUGGAGUGCAUCUGUCUGUGUCAGUCCCGUCCGUCUGUCUGUUGUGCUGUGAGAGAAGCCUGGCUCACUGUACCCAACAGCGUGUGGCUACGACACCCAAUAAACUUGUCCUCCUUAAGCAAGUGAGUGGCCUCAGGGGUUCUUGGGGCAGGGGGGGACACAGACCUCAUGCAUUGGUGGGGUAGGA